AUUCCCAACUCUUUGAUUUUUAAAAUGAUAAUAUUGUUUAUAUUGGAGUUUGGACACGUGUCAAUAGGGUACAGUUGAUUAACACGUGUCCUCUGUUUCCACCUUCAGAAACCAACACGUGUCCAAUUCCCUAUUUAAAAUAAACAUCACGAUCAUCACCGCCAUUCUCCAUACUUUUUUUCACAAAUAGCCCGAUCUUCUACUUCUACUUUUGUAUCAAAUGCUCCUUCUGGUUAAAUUCGUGUGUAACAUUACAAAAAUUGCAGCCUUGUUCUUUUUCCUCUUUGCUCAAGCUGGUCCUCUGACUGUUUAUUUGGCGAAUACCACAACUACUAUUUAAUUAGUAAAAAGAACAAAAAAAUGGGUUUCGUUGGGGUUCCGAUCUGUGUGCAGUGUGGCAAUCCUAGCAACCCAUGUAGGUGCAAGGUGGUGGGGCCUACACUUGGUUUCUUGGCAUUUGCUGCGGCAGCAAUUGUAGAAUGGCCGGUUGGUGCACUCGUUUAUGUGUUCCGUCACUCCAAGGGACGCCGGAUCAUGGGUCAUCCAGCCACCGUGAUUUAUCCUUCAGUUACCAACUCUAUUCCUAUUUAACUUUUUUUGUUUUGUUUUGUUUUAAUUUUCAAUGAUGUAAGAAUUAAUGUUGCUUUCAAAUCUUACAUUAAAUGUAUGUCAGUUUUAAUUACCUUACUUAGUAAAUAAAAGAUAACGUGCUUUUUUGUAGCGCGAUAAUAAUGUAUGAUGCUAUUGUAAUGCACUAUGAUAUAUAAGCAUAAGUUAUUUU